AGAAGAAGAAGAAGAUGUUUGUUGAAUGCGAGUUUAGCCCUUAGUCAGAUGAAUUACUGACGCGAUUCAUUUCUUAAAAUUUGAUUUCAUGGUCGUCAUCGUGAUUUGGCAGUGCCGGGUAAUGGGACGAGUACAGAAACAAUAGUUACUAGCUAAAUAUCAAUUCCGAACGGAGGAAUUAAGCUGUAUAAAAAAGAUUCGCUAUUUAGCAGUUCUUGCGUGCUAGUGUAUUGUAACUUGCACUGUGUUGUAGCAACACAAAUAGGACAACUAUCAUACCUAUUUCGAAGUUUUUGUUAUUUAAUAUAUAUUUCGGUUACUGGCUGUCUGUAGUCAGCUGUAGCUAAUCGGAUUGAGUGCUAGGUAUUACGCUGUAUAGUUGCUAGCUGGUUGUGUGAAUAACCUCGGGUAAUUAGCCAAAAAGUUAGCCAAGUUAAAAAAACCGACAAGGUCUGUUUCCAUCUAACUUUAGUCUAGUUGCUGACUGUCUGUCUGUGAAGAAAGAGGAAGCUGAGAAAGCUGAAUAAGGAAUGUGUCGUUGACGGGUAGACAGCAGAGAGGGUCGUAGAUUGAGAAGGGGCCACUGCUGAGCGUGUGAUAGUGGUGGAUCGCUCCCUGGGGGACUCGCAUGUGACUCGAGUCGUCCACUGUGCACACACUGCGCAUCACGUCUCUCCACUUCAGAAUGUAUGUAAGGAAUUCUGACGCCAUGACGUUUGUCCAAAUGGCAAAUUAGGUAAUGUUAGCUUUGUGCCUUGAUUCUUGUUCAAGAAAGUGUGGUUCAAGUGUAUUUGCAGAUAUCUUGAAUUGUCGUCCUUACUAGUCAGAUUAUAAAAGCAAAUCUUGAGUUAUCAUUCUGACUAGUCACAAUGUAAUUAUGACUUUUCAAAAUGCAUUUGUAGAUAUCUAAAAUGUAAUUACGGAUAGUCUAGGGAAACUAUAAAAUAUAAAAAUGGUUUUCCACAUAAAACGACAUAACUGCUUCGUCAUUGUAUCACAGGGCCACCGGUUUGCUCACCAUGUGACCUGCAGGAAUUUGUAUGUCAAUGGUUGUCCUCCAGGGGUCCCUUUAGGCACUCCAAUGCACAGUCAAGUGGCUAAUUGGUAAUACGUGUUUCUAAUCGAGACAUUUAUAUAAAAAAUUUAAAAAAAAACAAUUAGUUGAUCUAAUAUGGGGAGAGUCAGGGUGGAAAGUGAACAUGGAUGGAACUUGAAAUGCUACGAAGGCAUGUGUUUGAGCUAGUAGACUUCACUCCGGGUCAUGACUACGGGACUAUGGAUCUGAAAACCACAGUGAGCUCUGUGCUGGUGGGAGUGGAAGGCAUGACUUGUGGAUCAUGUGCACAGAGUAUAGAACAGAGGAUCAGCGGGAUGCCAGGAGUGUUCCACGUCCAGGUGUCCCUGGAGAAGAAGCAGGCUGCCGUGGUAUUUGAUGCCAGUUUGCAGAGCCCAGAUUCCCUUGCGGAAGCCAUCGUGGACGUGGGCUUCGAUUUCAACCAAGCCAAUUCAACCGCAGCCACAGCUCUGCCCACAGAAACCAAGCUCAUCGCCAUGACAGAUCUUCCUGCAUUCCAGCCACAGGAACUCCACAGACUAUCUGAGUUAAAGGGGGUCGUAGAGGUCCGGACAGCCCCAGAUCAGAAAGGCUGCUCCAUCACGUUCAUUCCUUCUGUCUUAAACGCCGAGCAACUGAACGAGGCUCUGCACAACCUGGCUGUGGACACAACGCCCAGGUCCGUGGACCGGCCAUUACAGGAACUGGUGAAAAUGCAUAUCGAGGGAAUGGUUUGUCAUUCCUGCACCACAACCAUCGAAGGGAAGAUUGGGAAACUGCAAGGAAUACAUAAAAUCAGAGUUUCCUUGGAGUCCCAGGAAGCUACAGUGUUGUAUCAAACUCACCUCAUCACAGUGGAUGACAUCAUCCUCCAGAUUGGCCAAGCAGGCUUCAAGGCCAGCAUCAAAUCCAAACCUCGCCCACUGCAACUCUCCAGCAGUGAGCUGGAUCGCCUGAUGAGCACCUCUGGCCAGAGUGCCCUGUUGCCAGCCAAGACGGUCCCACAGGAGGCCACUGAAGACAUAACCACAACUUUGCUAAAUGGAAGUGGAAUAGAUGGUCACAGCAGUGUGCAUUGCAUGCAGGGCAGCUCCGCUCCCACACCUGAGGUGCAGGCCACAGAGAGAGAGCGCUCUUCUCCACAUUCCAACCCCAGACCUGUCAAUGUGAGCCCAAUUCAGCAGGGAAUGGAGACUUUAACACCUGGACAGUUUGUUGUCAAGAACAACAGCGGAAGCCCAACUUUGCUAUCAGUACCACCUGCAACCUCGUCACCAGUCUCUCCUUUGUGCCAGCCUUUGGGGGCAGCAGUGGAAAUCCGUAUUGAAGGAAUGACUUGCAACUCCUGUGUACAGUCCAUUGAGGGAAUGAUUUCUGAACACAAGGGGGUAAAGUCUGCCCAGGUUUCCUUAGCCAACCACAGUGGAACCUUUGAAUAUGACCCUCUGAUGACCUCUGAGGAGGAGCUGAGGGAAGCCAUUGAAGAUAUGGGCUUUGAUGCCUUUCUUCCUGAAACCAAUUCCCUAGUACCAGCCUCAAAGUGGCAAUCAUGUCCCAGCAAGCCGAUUUCACCCUCCCCUACGGGUCCAGUGCCUGUGAAAGAGGUGGAAGGGCCUUUAUUGGGGAGCAGAGAGGGAGGGGCACAGACCCUUUCCAAAUGUUUCAUCAAGAUUGGGGGAAUGACCUGUGCCUCAUGUGUGGCAAACAUAGAGAGGAACCUCAAAAAUGAGGAUGGGGUUUAUUCAGUCCUAGUUGCUCUUAUGGCCGGCAAGGCAGAGAUUCGCUUCAAUCCUGGAGUCACUGACCCCUCCAACAUAGCGGAUUCCAUUGCAGAGCUGGGCUUCAGUGCUUCCGUCAUGGAGAAUGUGGACAACUCAAAUGGAAACCUGGAGCUUGUGGUCAGGGGAAUGACAUGUGCCUCAUGUGUCCACAAAAUUGAGUCGAAUCUAAUGAAAACCAAAGGUAUUCUUUAUGCUUCUGUUGCUUUGGCAACCAACAAAGCCCAUAUCAGUUAUGACCCAGAAGUGACUGGACCACGUGACAUCAUCAAAUUGGUUGAGAACUUGGGCUUUGAGGCAUCGCUUGUUAAGAAAGACCGCUCUGCCAGUCAUCUGGACCACAGCAAAGAAAUACGACAGUGGAGAUGGUCCUUCUUGGUCAGCCUCUUUUUCUGCGUCCCUGUGAUGGGGAUGAUGAUGUACAUGAUCGUUGUGGACCACUACGUCUACACGGAACACCAGCACAACGCCAGCUCAGAAGACGUUCAACAUCAUCACUCUUCCAUGUUUCUGGAGAGACAGCUCCUCCCUGGGCUGUCUGUCAUGAACCUAAUUUUGUUUCUUUUCUGUUUACCUUUGUAGUUCAUUGGAGGGCGUUACUUCUACAUCCAGGCGUACAAAGCUGUGAAACACAAGACCGCUAACAUGGAUGUUCUCAUUGUGCUGGCCACGUCCAUAGCCUUCACUUACUCCCUGCUCAUCCUGCUGGUGGCCAUGAUAGAGAAGGCGAAAACCAAUCCUGUCACCUUUUUUGACACGCCCCCAAUGCUGUUCGUCUUCAUCUCAUUGGGAAGGUGGCUUGAACAGAUAGCAAAGAGUAAAACCUCUGAAGCCUUGUCCAAGCUGAUGUCCUUACAGGCGACAGAGGCGACUGUCGUCACCCUGGAUGAGAAUAUGACUGUUCUGCGUGAGGAGCAGGUGGAGGUUGACCUGGUACAGAGAGGAGAUGUAGUUAGAGUCUAUCCCGGGGGGAAGUUCCCUGUGGAUGGGCGUGUCAUUGAAGGACAUUCCAUGGCAGAUGAGUCUCUAAUCACAGGGGAGGCCAUGCCUGUGACCAAGAAACCCGGGAGUAUUGUAAUCGCUGGUUCCAUAAAUCAGAAUGGCGCUCUGCUGAUCACUGCCACACAUGUUGGUGCUGACACUACCCUGUCUCAGAUUGUCAGACUGGUGGAGGAGGCGCAGACAUCAAAGGCUCCUAUCCAGCAGUUUGCUGACAAGAUUAGUGGAUAUUUUGUUCCCUUCAUUGUCGGAGUCUCUGUCCUGACCCUAAUUGCUUGGAUUGCUAUUGGAUGUGUAGACUUUUCUCUGGUUGAGAAAUAUUUCCCGGGCUACAAUAAGAGUAUCUCUCAGACGGAAGUGAUAAUCAGGUUCGCCUUCCAGGCCUCUAUCACUGUGCUGUGCAUUGCCUGCCCCUGCUCCCUGGGUUUGGCCACGCCCACCGCUGUCAUGGUGGGCACCGGAGUUGGGGCACAGAACGGCAUCCUCAUAAAAGGUGGCCAGCCAUUGGAAAUGGCACACAAGAUUCAAACCGUAGUGUUUGACAAAACCGGGACCAUCACAUAUGGCACGCCCAAAGUGAUUCAGGUGAAGAUGGUGGUUGAGGGAAACCACGUGCCCAGAACUCGACUGCUGGCCAUCGUGGGGGCAGCGGAGAACAACAGCGAGCACCCGCUGGGAGUGGCUGUCGCUAAGUACUGUAAACAGGAGCUGGGCACUGAGCUGCUGGGCACCUGCACGGACUUCCAGACUGUGCCUGGGUGUGGUAUUCACUGCCAGGUCAGCAGCACGGAGCCGCGGCUGCAGCAGAAUGAUGGAGAUAAUGAGGACAAGAACAUCUUGGUGCAGAUCAGCGACAGCGUACACCCCCUCAGCACAGAACCAGAGUCAUUCACUCAGGUGCAGCUUCCCUCGUACGCAGUCCUUAUUGGGAACAGGGAGUGGAUGAGGAGGAACGGGCUUACGGUGCAGCAGAAUGUGGAUGAGGCUAUGAUUGAACACGAGCGGAAAGGCCGCACUGCAGUCCUGGUAGCCAUCGAUGGUCUACUCUGUGCAAUGAUUGCCAUUGCUGACACUGUGAAGCCCGAGGCAGAGUUGGCCAUCCACACACUCAAAUCCAUGGGGCUAGAGGUGGUGUUGAUGACAGGAGACAACAGCAAAACAGCACGGGCCAUUGCUGCUCAGGUGGGCAUUAAGACGGUGUUUGCAGAGGUGCUGCCCUCUCACAAGGUGGCCAAAGUGGAGCAGCUGCAACGGACAGGCAGGCGGGUGGCCAUGGUGGGAGACGGUGUCAAUGACUCCCCAGCCCUGGCCAUGGCGGAUGUGGGGAUUGCCAUUGGUACAGGGACUGAUGUGGCUAUUGAGGCAGCAGACAUAGUGCUGAUCAGGAAUGAUCUUUUAGACGUGGUGGGAAGUAUUGAUUUGUCCAAGAAGACUGUGAAAAGGAUUCGGAUUAACUUUGUUUUUGCACUCAUAUAUAAUCUCAUUGGAAUUCCAAUUGCGGCUGGAGUGUUCCUUCCUGUGGGCCUGAUUCUUCAGCCUUGGAUGGGCUCUGCAGCAAUGGCAGCUUCUUCUGUCUCUGUGGUGCUUUCUUCUCUCCUGCUUAAAUGCUACACCAAACCCAGUGCGGAGAAGCUGGAGUCUCAGUUGAAGCAUCGUGGGCAGUUGAGAACGAGCAGCUUGUCUGAAAUAAGCAUACACAUUGGCAUUGACGAGUGCCAUCAGCCCUCGCCCAAACUUAGUCUUCUUGACCGCAUUGUCAAUUAUAGCCGGGCUUCGAUAAGCUCACUCCGUUCAGACAAACAUUCGCUCAACAGCUUGGCCCUCGGUGAGCCUGACAAACACUCUCUGCUGGUUGGGGAGGCUCUCUGUGAAGAGACCGUAUAAGGCCGGUGUAUCAUCUCUAGACCUUUAUUCCACAGCUGCCUUCGCAUUGACAAUUCGAGCAGAAGCUGGAUUUUUAAAAUGAAGUUGUAUUUAUUUAUUAUUUUUUCGCUCCCAAUGUGUGUGUUCACACCGCAGUGUUUUUAAUGAUUGAUACCGUCUACAUACGGUAAAUUUAUUACUCUACAAAUAUAUAAGCAUGUUUGCACCUUUAAGUGUAUCUUUGAAAGAAAUGACCCAGGUUGUACACAGAAAUGUCAGUACUAAAAAGCAGGAAAGGAGGUUUGUCAAUACUUGCUUUCAUUUAGCAUAAUUGGGCAAUUAAAAUGCAGUGUGCACACAGUGAAAUAGCAGAAGAGUAUACAAAAGUUUUUGGUUUCAGGUUAUACCACCGUCGCUCUGUAACAGAUUUUUGGAAAUACUUUUGUGUAGCCUCCAUGAGAAUCACAGAAUAUCGUUUAGGAUUGAGCAGCAAGUGCCUGUGAUUAGGACUACACUCUUUCAAAAUUUGGUAAUUGGUAAACUGAAGGCCAGGCAAGGAAAUCCAGUGUGUACUUCUGGUGCAGGGUCAAGUUCCUCUGUUGCAAAAAGACUGGUGUAAAAUGUGUUGCUUUAUCAACUCUUUUUUUGAUGCAUCCAGUCAGACUCGUUUCAGACCUUAAGAAAAUACAUAUACAAUACAAAUACAUAAUACAAUACACAUUCCCAUACACUUUUAUCCAAAACUACAGCAUUCCACUAGCUGUCCAACUUUGCACUGCAAAAAAUAUACUUGACCCCAACAAUCUGGCUUCAGAUCUGGCCACUCCACUGAAACUUCUGUUACUCCAUGAAAGUGGCUGCUUUGUCAUUUGUCCCGAUUGUGCUAGAUCUACCCGCUGCUUUUACAGACAGAUGAAUAUUUUUUACAUUGAAGUCAUUUACAAGACAUGCAGUGCAACCUGCAGUUUAUAUUCUUCACAUACAGUCCAUUUAUGCCAUGUUCAACAGCACUGUACAUUGGCAGUGCCCCACCUGGGAAUCAAAGCUUUGAAGUUGCAUGGUCACUUCACUAUACAUUAUGCUACUCGGGCACUUGAUUAACAGGGCCUUUUAUUACCUCAAGCAGAAAUGGGAAUCUCGGGCACUGCCUUCACCUGAAUCUCAUCCUGCCUCUCAGGGAGUUCUUCCCAUGUACCCUGGCUAGACUCCCACUCAAUAUCACGCUGCCUUUCGACAGGAGUUCCCAGGAAUCAGUGCUUAUGUCCCUCCUGUGCUAAUUCUACACAGAAACUCAUGUGUAUGGCAUCUCUUCAAAAUGGCGAUACUUAUUUCAUUCUCUUUUCCCCUUCUGACCAUUAAAUAUAAUUACACAACACGGCACCUCCAUGACUUAUCUGGAAGACGUGUUGCCAAGAUUGACUUCUCAAGGUCUCCCUAGUCUUCACCCAUCCAAGACCAUACUAUUACCAAUGAUGACAACUAUGACAUCUCAGACUGUCAAAAAACAUGCAUGACACUAGAACACAACAUUCAGUCAUUCAGUGUAUCAUCGGCUUAGACCUCUAGAUUCUCCCUCUACGAAAUCUGAGCUACUUGCCCAUUUCUUACUACCUACUGAACCCAGCUGCUUGUCCAGAUUACUUCUUCCCAAUAUUAACUAUUGUGGCUCUACACGCUGGUCACCAUUCAUGUUUGGUUUAUAUUCUACCAUUUUAUAGCUUGUAUUUUAUCUAUGGAACUAAGUUAGGAGUUUCUCUGCAUUGUACAUUAUCUAUUACAUAAAUACCAUUUAAUUCUUUAUUUUAAGUCAAUGUAUUGUUUUAAUGUUGCACUGGUUUUCCAAGCUCUUUUCAAGCAUGCACAGCUGUAUUUCCAUAGUGUGUCUCAACCCCUAAAUAUAACUUGUAAUGACUUUGGACAAUUUUAUAACUAUCAUACUAAUGUUUUCGAGGCAUACAUAGUUAUACAAUUUGAAAAGGAAAAAGUUCUUUAUAUUUAAAACCAGAAUCUAUUUGUAAGUCCAUUUUAAUUUAAUAUUACUACUGCAAAUCAAAGAUGAAUACUGUGAUUGGGGUAAAUAUCUGAAAUGCACACCUCUGCUCUAUUUCCAAUCCUUAACUCACAUGCACUACAGUAAUCGACCAGGUUCACUGAUCAUCUCACACUCAGCACUGUGAACAAUGCAAACAAAAAAUAUACCUUAAGUCUUUUAAAUUGUCUUUCUUUUAGUACAAAUGUAUUUAGUACCUGAAUAAGUAUAUUUUAAAUAACAAUAAACCUUCAUUCUUCAGCACUUUUCCUAUCGAGUUUGGUAUCUGAAAGUGUAUAAAGAAAAAAUAAAUAAAUACAUGUUUAAUACAUGUCAAAUGUUUCAUCUUCAAAAGCAUCUUAUCUGCUUAAGUAGGACAAUCCAAAAUUUCAGCAAAAGUAAAACUAAUCCUUCCUGCUUCUUAGGGUUAUUAAGAAGGUCAGCAUCUGUAGACCUACAGGAAUGUUGGAGCUUGUAUUUUACUAUAAGGUCAGUGUAUGAGUGUAUUGUGGUGCUAAGCCAUCUAAUGCUUUAAAACAAGAAAAAGAAACCAUGAAGACAAUUCAGGUAUAGGUGCAAUGUGUACUUUUUUGUUCUCGUUGAAGCACAUGCUGCCGUGUUGCUGCUGAUCAAUGUUUUUGGGGUGACCAAAAAUAAGACCCAUGGCAGUACAUACGUAGCAAGAAUAUGUAUUGGAAUUUCUGUAUCUGCCUCUCAGAAAUUGCCACACUUGGGCAAUGUUUGCAAAUGUUUCUAAGCUUUUUGUUACUUGUGAUAUUGAAGCUCUGAUUAGCAUUUAACACCUAGGUUUUUAUAAUUCAGUUUUUAAGUUUUAAAGGGCAGUUAGCAUGUGUUUUUAGGUUAUUUUUCAUCUUGGGGCCUUUGUUCCAGUGACUGUGACCUCUGUCUUAAGUUAGUAUGAGGAAAAUAACCCACAUUUGUAUUUUGGGCUACUUGGCAAGUGUUUUUUCAAAAUGAAAACCAACUAUUUUGUAUGUAAAUAUGACACCCUAAGACUACGCUGGCAUUUAUGUUCAAACUCAAUGUGCUGUGUAUUAUGGAAUAUUUCUGCUUUGCCUGUAUAGACAUUUUAUGUUUAUUUGCUCUCCUGUUCACUCUUCUACUAUAGCACUUUGCACAUCUUAAUGUUUUUGUACACCUGAGUAUGCAAAAAUGGCUUUUGCUAAGCCAUAUGAUUAUUAAACUAUAUGAGUUACAGCUCGUAGAUGUAAGAACAAGAUGAGGAAUUGGGAAAACUAGUUGUUGAUAAUUUCAAGGAAACUAUCUUUCCUAGUUGUGUGCUUAUAAAAUAGAAUAGAGAAUUUGUACUCUUAUAAAUGUUUAAUAUGAGUUUUUUUUUUGUUGCCAAAAAUGACAAGACCAUAGAACAAAAUCAUAGUUGUGUAUUAUCAGUAACAAUUAUUUGGCCAUAAAGGUAAGUGAUUUGCUUGUGCAUUUAGUUAAACGAAAAUUUCAGAGGAAACGAUGCAGAAAUCUGUUACAUCCCAAUUAAGUCUCUUCAGUUUUGGUUUCAUUGUAGCUUCAUACGCCGUGUUUAAUAUGAUGCUGCAAUAGCAGGUUAUAUAUAUGUUGAAUGUAUUUUUGACAUCAGAAAUAUGUGUGUCAUAAUGCUGUAUUUCUUUUUUUUAAAGCAUUUUCUGCCAUUAAAUAAAAAAUAAAUUUGA